ACUGAAGAGAAAGUCUAAACACUUUUGUUGACUUGUGUUGAUUCAUGACUGGUGUGUGUCAGUGUGUGAUAUGAAAGGGAAUAGAUUCAUCUUAUAGAGGAAUACAAGAAGAAUCUAUCAAACAAAGUCCGCUUGAAAACUAAGCAAACUAAAACAAAUACUUUUCGUCUUCUUUUUUUUUCUUUUCUUUUCCAAGCUGCAUGAUUCUUAUUUGCUUACAUUUACAUACAUACUUAAUUGAUGAGCUAGCAGUUAAACAUCAGCUUUGUUCCACUUGUUAUAUUUUUCUAAAGUACACCGCACACGAAUCUUUUCAUCGAGAUUAAACAAAAAUAAGAUGCUUAUGUUCCUUAUUCCCACAUGCAUGUGCAUGCAUCUAUAUCUUCAUGGAAGCUAAUUUUUGAAAAGCAAUUUCUUAUAAUACGGCUGUAUAAGGCCACAUGCGUCAAUACAUCAAAAUAGAAGGACUUGGAUAUUGCGGAUUUGUACCUAAUUGUGUUUUUAGACAUGUGUGGAUGUAAAAUCCGCUGCAUGGUUUACAACUUGAAAGCCUAGAACCCUAUUGCAUAAUAUAAUCUAUAGAUAUGCUUGUCUGCUUUUAUUUAUUUUUUAUAUCAAAAAUAUAUGUGUCAGUGCCAGUCCAGAAUCAAACUUUAUAAUUUGCAAGACGUCGUGUGUUCUUUCUUUUCUUUCAUAAAUACUAAUAUUCUCUUGUGCUGAAUAUUGCAUCACCGAUCGACAUUUGUUGUUAAAAUCAUGAUGCAGUCAAGGGAAGAGAGGAGAUCUGAGUCACCAUCAGGUCUUGUACUGACCACCGAUCCUAAGCCUCGCCUUCGUUGGACCGCCGAGCUUCAUGAACGCUUCGUUGACGCUGUUACUCACCUUGGAGGCCCUGACAAGGCUACACCUAAGACGAUAAUGAGAGUGAUGGGCGUGAAGGGUCUUACACUUUACCAUCUCAAGAGCCAUCUCCAGAAGUUCAGACUUGGAAAGCAGCCUCACAAGGACCAUAGCCAUGGUCACUCCACUAAUAUUAGGGAUCCUAAUAGAGUUUCCAUGUUGGAUCUUCAAAGGAAUGUUGUAUUCACUACUCCCCAUAUCACUGGUCACAAUAUGAAUGAGAUGCAAACUGAAGUGCACAGAAGAAUAGAGGAAGAGGUAGAAUUAGAAAGACAGGUAAAUCAAAGGAUAGAAGCACAAGGGAAAUACAUGGAGAGCAUGCUAGAGAAAGCAUGUGAGACGCAAGAAGCAAGCCUUACCAAAGACUACUCUACUCUCUUUUUCGACCGAACCACUAUUUGCAACAACUCAUCACCCCUCACAAUCCAAUGGUUCGAGGAUCAGUUUCCUUCGUCUUCCUCUAUGGACUCUGCAAUGCAUCUCCCUGACAUCAAUUCCAACUUCUCCCUCCAAGAUUCUCGGAGUUCCAUCACCAAAAACCAUACGGUUUGCCUCGGUUAAAGAAUACUAUAUAUAGGUCUAGCUAUUUGACUCUUCCUACUCUAGCUUUAAUGUGCACUUGGUGUAUAAACGCACAAACUUGCAUGUAAUAACUUCUGUCAAACAUGAAGUAGAUCUUCGUUAUCCACCUAAUAAAUGUGAUGAUGUGCAAUAGAUGGUGAAGUAGGCUGCCUCAUGCAUUCUCAAUUACUUGUAAACUGAAAAUUUUAAAAGAUCUUUUCUUUCUAAUCA